CCCCGCCCCGCCCCCGCCUCGCGCGCCAACGCUUUUCGUGCGGGUGCCGACUGCCCAGGAGAGGUGCGGCGGUCAGGAUGCGGGGCAGCCCGGCGCCCAGCUCCGCUUCGUCGUCGGCCUCCGACCUGAGCCGCAGCCCUGCUCACAGCAGGUCGGACUUGCGGCCCGGCACGUCGGGCGACUACAGCCUGAGCGCCAGCCUGUCGGCCUGCACGCUGCUCUCCGAGGGGGCGGUGGAGCCCAUGCAGAUUGAUGUAGAUCCCCAGGAAGAUCCCCAGAACGCACCUGAUGUGAACUAUGUGGUGGAGAACCCCACUCUGGACCUGGAGCAGUACGCGGCCAGUUACAGCGGCCUGAUGAGAAUUGAGCGGCUGCAGUUUAUUGCUGACCGCUGCCCUCCGCUGCGGGUAGAGGCCUUGAAAAUGGCCCUGUCCUUCGUGCAGAGGACCUUCAAUGUGGACAUGUAUGAAGAGAUACACCGGAAGCUCUCCGAGGCUACUAGGUCACCCUGCAGGGAGCUGCAGGACGCAGCAGACGCUGUCCCUGAGAGUGCAGUGGAGCCUCCUCCCCUGGACACAGCCUGGGUGGAGGCCACUCGGAAGAAGGCCCUAUUGAAGCUGGAGAAGCUGGACACGGACCUGAAGAAUUAUAAGGGCAAUUCUAUCAAAGAGAGUAUCAGGCGUGGCCAUGAUGACCUGGGUGACCACUACCUGGACUGUGGGGACCUCAGCAAUGCCCUCAAGUGUUACUCACGAGCUCGAGACUACUGCACCAGUGCUAAGCAUGUCAUCAACAUGUGCCUCAAUGUCAUCAAGGUCAGUGUCUACUUGCAAAAUUGGUCUCAUGUGUUAAGCUACGUCAGCAAGGCCGAGUCUACUCCAGAGAUCGCUGAGCAGCGUGGAGAGCGGGACAGCCAGACCCAGGCCAUCCUCACCAAGCUCAAGUGUGCUGCGGGCUUGGCCGAGUUGGCUGCUCGAAAGUAUAAGCAAGCUGCAAAGUGCUUCCUUCUGGCUUCUUUUGAUCACUGCGACUUCCCAGAGCUGCUGUCUCCCAGCAAUGUGGCUGUGUAUGGUGGCCUGUGUGCCUUAGCCACCUUUGACCGGCAGGAGCUGCAACGCAAUGUCAUCUCUAGCAGCUCCUUCAAGUUGUUCUUGGAGCUGGAACCACAGGUCAGAGACAUCAUCUUUAAGUUUUAUGAGUCCAAGUAUGCAUCCUGCUUGAAGAUGCUGGACGAGAUGAAGGACAACCUGCUCUUGGACAUGUACCUGGCUCCUCACGUCAGGACACUGUAUACCCAGAUCCGCAACCGGGCUCUCAUUCAGUACUUCAGCCCCUACGUGUCAGCUGACAUGCACAAGAUGGCUGCGGCCUUCAACACAACAGUUGCAGCCCUGGAGGACGAGCUGACGCAGCUCAUCCUAGAGGGGCUCAUCAACGCCCGCAUCGACUCACACAGCAAGAUACUGUAUGCUCGUGAUGUGGACCAGCGCAGCACCACCUUUGAGAAAUCCCUGCUGAUGGGCAAGGAGUUCCAGCGACGUGCCAAGGCCAUGAUUCUCAGGGCAGCUGUGCUACGCAACCAGAUACAUGUCAAGUCUCCUCCUAGAGAAGGGAGCCAAGGGGAGCUGACUCCAGCCAACAGCCAGUCACGGAUGAGCACUAACAUGUGAGAGGCGCCCCAUGACCUUCAGAGGAUGCUCCGCACACCUGCUCUGCUUGUGGAAGCAGCACCUGGGCCUCCUGCCUGCUUUUCUCGCGAUGAGACCCCAGACUGUGUGGCUCGUUAGAGCAGCCUGGCCUUGGAUGCCAGUUCAUGGGCCUUCCACUCUGAGGUACCCUCUGCUGUGGUAGGCAGGCUGCCCAUUAUGGCCACUCAGGCCUGACUCUAGGUCUCUGUCCCAAUGAACAGACCAUGUGCAAUGCCCAGGUAGGGUACCUCCAACCCUUCCUGUCCAUGUGUAGUUGUGACUGCAGCAGUGUCACUGACCGCGUAGUCCAUUAAAAUACAGGUUGACCAUA